UUGUCCAGGUUGUGUUGGAUCCAAAGCGUCUCGGUUCUUCGCUGCGGGAGAAAUACGAUGCGGAGCAGCGGCGGACCCGGGGCCCGUGAUCCGGAUCAGGCCAGGACCAGGUCCGCGGAACCCUCCGGCCCGGCUCGGCUCGGCUCGCGGACGGAAUGACCGCAGCAGCAGCAGCAGCGCCGGCGGAGGAGAGAGACUCGAGCCGCUAGGGGGGGGCAGCUAGCAGCGCAGAUAGCAGCGCAGCUAAUAACUAGUAGCGCAGCUAAUAGCUAGCGGCGCAGCUAAUAGCUAGCAGCGCAGAUAGCAGCGCAGCUAAUAGCUAGCAGCGCAGAUAGCAGCGCAGCUAACGGCGCGAUGGCCGCGGACGGAAGCGGAACAAUCCGCAGUCGGAUCAAGAACCUGCUGCGAUCCCCGUCAAUCAAACUGAGGAGGAGGAGCCACACGGCCCGUCACAAAGAGGACAUCAGCGACAAGGUGACCUUGGAGAAGGUUCUGGGAAUCACAGCUCCAGGGAACCGAGCGCUGGCCUGCGACCCCAGAACUGGACUGUUGGCUUAUCCUGCAGGGUGUGUUGUUGUCCUGCUGAAUCCUCGGAAGAACAAACAGCAUCACAUCUUCAACAGCUCCAGGAAGGCGAUCACCACGUUGGCGUUCUCUCCUGACGGGAGGUUCGUGGUCACCGGAGAGAGUGGUCACGUGCCGGCGGUCCGGGUGUGGGAGGUGUCAGAGCGGCUGCAGGUCGCUGAGCUUCAGGAACAUAAAUAUGGAAUCUCCUGCGUCACGUUUUCUCCAAAUGGAAAAUACAUCGUCAGCGUCGGAUAUCAACACGACAUGAUGGUGAACGUGUGGAACUGGAAGAAAAACAUCGUUGUUGCAGCCAAUAAAGUUUCCAGUAAAGUGACGGCUGUGUCCUUCUCAGACGACAGCUCCUAUUUUGUUACUGCUGGAAAUCGCCACGUGAAGUUCUGGUACCUGGAUCACGCCAAGACCUCCAAGGUGAACGCCACCGUGCCUCUGCUGGGCCGCUCAGGGCUGCUGGGAGAGCUCAGGAACAACUUCUUCAGCGACGUGGCGUGUGGGCGUGGCCGACAGGCCUCCUCCACCUUCUGCAUCACUUCCUCAGGUCUGCUGUGCGAGUUCAACGACCGACGCCUCCUCGACAAGUGGGUGGAGCUGCGGACGUCUCAGGCCACCUGUCUGUCUGUUACAGACGAGUUGAUAUUCUGUGGUUGUUCUGAUGGAGCGGUCCGAGCAUUCAGUCCCGUCAACCUGCACUUCAUCUGCACGCUGCCCCGCCCCCACCCGCUGGGCGCCGACAUCGCCAGCAUGGUCGACGCCAGUCAGCUGUUCUCCUGCAGGCCGGAGGCUCGAUACCCGGACACGGUGGCGGUGACCUAUGACCCCACCAACCGCUGGUUGUCCUGCGUCUACAACGACCACAGCGUUUAUGUUUGGGACGUAAGAGACGUCCGGGACCCGCGCAGGGCGGGAAAGCUCUACAGCGCCCUCUACCACUCGUCCUGUGUGUGGAGCGUGGAGGUGUCUCCAGAGGGGGGAGGGGGAAGAGAGGCGUGUCUCCCCCCCAGCUCCUUCCUGUCCUGCUCCUCAGACAACACCAUCCGACUGUGGAACCUCGAUGGACACACGUCCCUCAACAAGAACAUCCUGAGCCACGACCUGCAGAAGGUCAUCUACGUGGACGAUAAGCGAGCGAGCCUGCUGGACUCGGAGGGUCCGGGGGGCAACACAGAGAAGGGGGGGUCAGUGGGCUCCGAGGGGCAGCAGACAGACCAGAGCAGGACCGGCAUCAGGUCCCUGAGCGUCAGUCCUGAUGGACAACAUCUGGCUUCUGGAGACCGCCUGGGGGUCCUGAGGAUCCAUGACCUGCACAGCAUGGAGGAGAUCAUGAACGUCCAGGCUCACGACUCCGAGAUCCUGUGCCUGGAGUUCUCCAAACCAGAAACUGGUCUCCAGUUGUUAGCCACAGCCGGCCGGGACCGUCUCAUCCAUGUCCUGGAUGUGGACAGAGACUACAGUCUGGUCCAGACUCUGGACGAACACUCGUCCUCCAUAACAGCUGUGAGGUUCACUGCCAAUGACGGCAAAGUGAGGAUGAUCAGCUGUGGCGCUGAUAAGAGCGUCUACUUCCGCACAGCUCAGAAGGUGGAGAAGGGGCUGGAGUUCACUCGGACUCAUCACGUGGUCAGGAAGAUGACUCUGUACGACAUGGACAUCGAACCGACCAGGAAGUACGCAGCAGUGGGCUGUCAGGACCGCAGCAUCAGGAUCUUUAACAUCAGUAAUGGGAAACAGAAGAAGAUGUAUAAAGGCUCCCAAGGCGAGGACGGGACUCUCAUCAAGGUGCAGAUCGACCCGUCCGGGCUCUACAUCGCCACCUCCUGCUCAGAUAAGAACAUCAGUAUAUUUGACUUCUACUCUGGAGAGUGCGUGGCCACCAUGUUCGGACACUCAGAGAUCGUCACCGGUCUGAAGUUCAGUCGAGACUGUAGACACCUGAUCACUGUGUCUGGAGACAGCUGUGUCUUCGUGUGGCGUCUCAGUCCAGAGUUGAGCAUCAGGAUGAGGCAGCGACUCGCUGACCUUCGACCUCCCAGCAACAACCUCAACUCCCAGAAUCCCCAGCAGAGAGCAGAGAGGCACAGAAUCAGCAGAGAGGCGUCGUCUCCUCGUGUCGUCAACAUGUCGUCUGACAGCGACAGGGAGGAGGAGGAGGAGCCUAGCUGUCCCACUGUGGUCACAGCAGGGAGCACGGAGGAGACAGGCAUGUUUCCAUGGUUACCCAUCAUGAAGUCACAGUUUGUUAUUACAUGUUUGUUUCCCUCAGACUUGUGUGAUGAGACAUUCUGCUCCGAGGUCACGAAGGAGGCGCCGGGCAGCCGCCUCCCCCGGCGCCGCUGGUCCCGGAGGACGGGCAGCGGCGACAGCGUCCUGAUGGUGUCGUCCAUGUUGGACCUGAGACAGCUGGACUCGUUCUGUGCCGACCAGCAGGCGGAGACGAAGACCUGCCCCCUUGGUGUUAGCCCCUCCCCCUGCAGUCAGCAGAAGGGUUGUCAGGGUGUGGAGGCGGGGCCUCGGAGGGCCAAUCAGGAGCUGGGGAGCACCAUGAGUCUGCAGGUCACCACUGCACAGGUGGAAGACGAUGAGCUGAGGACCAAUCAGAGGCCUGAUUUCAUCCUGCUGUCCAAUCACAAACAAGACAGGGAAAAUCCAGUGCUGUAUCCUGACCAAUGGGAGGACAGAGUGAGUCUGGCAGGCAGUGAGUUCCAGGUGAAGGAGGCGUGUCCUGAUGCCGCGGACGGACGGCGUGACAAACCGAGUCCGGACAGCGGCUGCUCGCCGGGAUCCAGAGCGUCGAGUCGAGAGCGAGCGACAGGAGACGCCACUGAGCGUCUCAGUGUGGACGGACAUUCCUCCGAGCUGGAGGUGGAGGAGAUGGAGGAGGACGUAGAUGGAGGGGGAGGAGUCUCACAGCAGGUUCCUCAGACUCCAGACCAGGAAGCUUUCCUGAAGGAGCAUUUUGUCACACUGUCCCACCUCUCAGGAAGUCCGAGCAGAGCGUCUCACAGCUCCAGCGAGAGUCUCAGCAUGUCCUCCAGGUUCCUCACCCAGAAUGCAGCUGGAAGUCGGGCUGUGUUUCCUCUCCCGUCUCGGAUCGGCGGGGAAGGAGGGGGAGGAGCUGGGGAGGUGAAGGGCCGUCCUCUGGUCUCUGAAGUCCGGCCUCUGAUGGAUCCGUGUCAGAACAGGAUCCAGGACAGGAAGGUAUCGGGGAACCGGGAUCAAACCCAGAGAGAGAGCCAGGACCAGACUUCAACACCUCAGGACCAUGUCCAGUCUCAGAACCAGAUCCACCAGAGACCAGAUCAGCCCCAAAACCAGGUUCAGGAGGAAGAGGAGCUGCAAGCGCCCCUGAGGAUCAAGGAUCAGACUGAGACCAAGAGGAACCUGGACCCGACGGCCCGGACCACUGCCUCACAUCCGACCUGGAUGAGUGGACUCCGGAAAGUCCAGUCAGUCAACAGCCUGCUGAGCGACACAGGUGAUACCUCUCGUCCUUCUGAAGACGCCCCCCCGCGGCUGUCCCCUCCCCCUCAGCGUCCCACCACCCUUCCCUCUACCCCCAGACGUCCCCCAUCGUCCCUCCCCCAGCAGAGACCCAGCCCCUCCUCCCCCGUUGCUCUGUCUGCGGCCGCCACAGGCAGGAAGUCUUCCUCCUCCUCUUCCUCAGCUGCGUCGGCGGCGCGCUCCUACAUGAGUCCGACCGCCAGCUCCAUGGCCAAGAUGUCCCGCUCCGUCUCCGUGGGCGACGGCCUCAACGUCUCCGAACCAGCCGAGGACGACGUUCUCACGCCGUCCUCUCAGGUUCGAGAGGCUCCGCCUCCUCUGGUCGCUGUGGUGUCCUCCAACGCUGCACCAUCUGCACCCCCCCACGCAGCAGUUGUCCCUGUGGUUGCCCCCUCCUCUUCCUCUCUUGGUAACCAUAGUAACCAGGCAGCGGCUCCCACCCGAGGUCUCCAGGCUCGGGUCCCCGGCAGCAGCAGACCACUCCCGGACAAACCGUCCCUCGCCUCCUUCUCGCCAUCGUCCAAGUCUGCCGCCGCCCCCUCGUCCUCCAGCUGUUGGCCUCCCCCGCUGUCCGUCUCCCCCCUGUCCUCCCUGUGGCAGGGGGUGGAGCCUCAGACUCCUGCAGGAAGGGACGAUCCAGACCAGCCAAUCAGUGUGGAGACCUGCAGGACGCUGACCAAUGAGCUGCAGAGCUGCUUCCAGCGAGCGACGCACCUGUACAGGAAGCUGAGCGGCUCCUCCGCUGAUGACUCCGCCCCCGACCAGCAUCAGAUGGCCGGCCUCCUAUCAGAGGCCUUCCAGGCCAUGAGGGCGGAGCUCGACUCCCUCCCGCUCAGUGGGCCGGGCCUUCUGGGAGUAGAGGGGGGGCUGGGGGGGGUAGGGGAGGUGAAGACGGCCGCUCUGCUGGAGGAGUACUCUCUGCUCCUGCUGCAGGCCGUGCACAGGAGGGUGAACAGCGCCCCCUGCUGACCCUCCACCCUGCUCCUCUGGGUCUGUCUUUAGUUUAUUUAUCUUUGUUUAGAGAAGAACUUUCUUCUUCUGUGGUCGGUUGUACAUUUUCUUUGUGGUCACACAGACUUCCUGUUUCUGAUCGGCACGUCUUCACUUCCUUUCUGUUGGUUUGAAAUCCGGCGUCGGAUUGUUUCCAACAAUCAAACAGGUCAAAGUUCAGUUUGAAAUAUUUUCAUGUUUUUGUCUAAAUUCAAUAAAAGUUUGAGGCUUCAAUCGACGGUUGUUUAAUGAGCUUGAAGCCGAUUGGUCGAGAGGAGUCAGUGGGCGUCGGCCUUCAACUCAUCGAGGACACGCAUGUUCACAUGAAAUAAGUUUUUAUUGUGUUGAACAAAGAAUCCGAUACAAAGUCUCAAACCUUUAAUGUUUUUAUAACUUCACUUUAUAUUGAAAAGUGUAUUUUAAUUAUUAUUAAUAUUAUUAUGAUGGUGACUCGGCUCCUUCAUGUCGUUUCUAUGGUUUUAUUGCAGCAAAUGUUCGUUUUAUUUUCAUGUCACAAUGUUGUUUCGAUUGAAACAGGAAAUAAAUGCACAGUGUUCACUUAAAA